AGGGGCGGUGUUUGUAGAAAAAAGGACUCGUGUUUAAAUCCAAAGAUGGAAGUUUCAGAUUUUCUUUUAAAAAAAAGUCACAAACGGACAUAGAUGAGAUCAAAUCUUUCCGGAACAUUCAAACCAACACCGCCCGCAUGGAGCGUGCACACGCACACUUUAACCGAGCGCCCACUUCCGCUCCGUGCCAGCUGGUUUGUUGACAGCGAGGAGAAAAGAUGGCGGCGUCCGAAGCAGAAACCAUGAGAAAACAGACAGAUCACUUUUUAAACCCUGAAGACCCGGGACACCUGCAGCACCUGGUGCAGGACUCGGUGCAGGAGUCGGUGCUGGACUUCCUGCUGAAUGAGGUCGGAGGUGACCUGAAGUCUCUGAAGAAGGCGGGAGACCUUCUGGAGAGACUGAGAGAGGAGAACACAGAGCUGGAGGAACAGGUUCUCUCUGUCUCCUGCUCUGUUCCUCCUAAAGUAUCUGCAGCUCUGAAUGCUGCUGAGGACGCUCAGUGUUCACUGGAAAAGCUGCUGCAGAGAGAGCGAUUCAUCUCCAACACACUGCACCAGCACCUGCAGGGGGCGCAGUCCUGGAUGGAUAAUCUCAGCCAGACACUGAACCAAGUGGACACCAUAGAGAGACACAUGAAGUACCUGCGGUGCCUUCAUCAUGUGGAGGAACUCAGCGCUGCAGUCCAGCAGUGUCUGAUGACCAGCAGUGUCUGGGAGGCCAUCAGGGCAGUGGACAGCAUGGCUGGUCUGGAUGCUGGACUAAACGAGUCGGCUUGCAUUUACCUCCGGGACUUUGUCCGAAAAACUCUUCUCUUCUGGCACAAAAUCAUCAAGGACCGACUCUCUAGUGAUUUUGAAAAAGUUCUUACUCAACUUCAUUGGCCAAUCAUUUCCCCUCCGACCCAAUCACUGACUCCCACUGCAAACGGUCAGGAGAUCCACAGCCAGCUGGAGCUGCUGGUCACACAGCUGCUGGCUCUGCAGACCUCUGAUGACCUCAUCUCACAGAGAGCUUCAGUCUCUUUCGUAUCCUCCUUCCCACCUGGUUCAUCAGCCACACCUCUCUCUCAGGCACCGCCCCUCUGCCUGCCAAUCCAGAUUAUGCUACUGCCGCUCAACAGGAGGUUCAGAUACCAUUUCUAUGGAAAUCGACAGACCAACUCCCUCAGCAAGCCGGAAUGGUACCUCACUCAGGUUCUGAUGUGGAUUGGAAAUAGCUCCACCUUCAUGAAGGAAAAAAUCCAGCCCAUCCUGGACCGAGCUGGAGCCUCCAUCAGCGCCCGGGUGGAGCUGUGUCGUGGCCUGUUGUCUCUAGUGCAGGAGAAGGUGUCGAGUGAUGCCUCCAAGCUGCUCUACGAGGAUGCUCUCUUCUGCCACCUGGUGGAGGAGGUGCUGCAGUUUGAGAAGGAGUUGAGGAGUAACCACUCUUACCCAGCAGUGCUGCCAGGCCUGCUCCACUUGCUGCUGGAGGACUCCAUCCUGCAGAAGUGGCUCACAGUUGAGAAGAAGAUGGCGGUGGAGAAGAUGGACGCCAUGCUGUCUGCAGACGGGGCGUGGAGCUCGCAGUAUAAAGACAUCAGUGAUCUGGACGAGCUGAAGGCUCCAGAUUGUGCUGAGACAUUCAUGACUCUGCUGCAGGUCAUCACAGAGCGAUACCGGCCGUUACCCUCUCCCUCCGCUCAGCUGAAGUUUCUGGAGCUGCAGAGAGAACUGGUGGAUGACUUUCGCAUACGACUCACACAGGUGAUGAAGGAGGAGUCUCGCUCUCCACUCUCCGCUCGUUAUUGUGCCAUCCUGAAUGCUGUGAACUACAUCUGCACCAUCCUGGGAGACUGGGGAGACAAUGUGUUCUUUCUACAGCUGCAGCAGGCAGCGGUAUCCCUCGAGGAGGAGGCGGUACUGGGAGGACUGGGAGUGAUGGAGGUGGGUCGUCUGGCUUCGCUGGAAGGUUCUUUGUUUGAAGGAUUGUUGUCGUUGUUGGAUCGACUCAAAGCAGACAUGAUGGGACGGCUGCUGGAGUGGACCAUGAGAGAAAUAACCGAAAAGUCCAAACCAUACUGCAUGGACAGGUGGUUGUCCCUCCCCUCCCAGCAUGACGUGUCCACUAUGAUGCUGUCCAGCUCAGCGUGUCCAAUGAUGCUUUGUGUGAGGGACCGACUGUUGAACCUCCAUCAGGUCCUAAGUCUGUCUCUGUUCCAGCUGGCGUGGCAAGGACUCGCUGAGAGACUCGACAACUUCCUGUACCAGGAGGUGAUCCUGUGUAAUCACUUCAGUGAGGGCGGGGCUGCUCAGCUUCAGUUCGACAUGAAUAGAAAUCUGUUUCCUCUGUUUGGACAUUACUGCAAGAGACCCGAGAACUUCUUUAAACAUGUGAAGGAGGCGUGCAUCGUCUUGUGUCUCAGCGUUGGCUCUGCGAUUCUCCUGAAGAACCUCCUGAAGGAGUCAGAGGAGGAGAACAGGGAAUGUGUGGGAGCAGGAGAUCCUUCUCCCGAGUCUGCUCUGAACGAGCUCGGAGUUUUCUGUUUGGCUGCGUGUGAUGUUUUAAUUCUGCUGAACCUGCGAGCAUCGUGGCACAGUAACUCCUCGUUCUAGAAAUGUUUCUUCUUCAUGUUGUCUUUGUUUUUGUAAAACCACAGGAGACUUCAGAAACAUGAAAACUGUUCAACACAAAGCUCAACUGUGUAACUGUUUUUUGUUUAUUGAAACAUCAGCAGAGGAAAACAAAAGUAUAAAUACUGACUGUACUUUGAAUGAGUAAUAAAGUUGGAUCAAGUUUUUGUUCA